UAGGGGAAAAACAAUUAGAGGGAGGGACAAUGGUGAUGGACAAGGAGGUUCAUGCAGAGAUGGGUGAUGCAUGAUGUGGUAUCCACGCUGUUCAUGCCCGCAUGCCAACAAAAUCCAUUGUCCGACAUCGCCCCCCCUCUCUCUCUCUCUCUCCUCUCUCACGCACAACACGCACACGCCCAGACCCUCCUCCUUCCCUUUCCAGUAGCUAGGGUUUCCGUUUCGUUUGCAAGAACUCCACUCUUCAAGCCCUGCCAUUUCCUCUGAAAUCCUUCAAGCAGCUUCGAGCUCGCUCAAGAUUAUACUGCAGUGCUCUCAGAUUUUCUGUUUAUAUCUAUUUCUCCCUCUCUCUUUCUCUUUCUCUCUCUCUCUCGCCGGUGCGCGCGCGUUACUCUUGACUCUUUAUCUCUAUAAAAUUGAAACCUCGCCUUCCAAGUUUUAAUCAUAGCAUCUAAUCUCCCCUGUUGAUGGCGAAGACCAAACCAGGCAAGAAGGACUUGGACUCGUACUCCAUUAAAGGCACCAAUAAAGUCGUCAGACCUGGGGAUUGUGUGUUGAUGCGACCAUCGGACUCCGAUAAACCUCCAUACGUGGCGCGCGUGGAGAAGAUUGAGGCGGAUCAUCGGAACAAUGUGAAGGUUCGGGUCCGGUGGUACUACCGGCCUGAGGAGUCUAUUGGGGGGCGGAGGCAGUUCCACGGAGCUAAGGAGCUCUUCUUGUCAGACCACUAUGAUGUGCAGAGUGCUCACACUAUAGAGGGGAAGUGCACUGUGCACACUUUCAAGAACUACACUAAGCUUGAGAAUGUUGGGGCCGAGGAUUACUUUUGUAGAUUCGAGUACAAGGCAGCCACUGGGGGGUUCACCCCUGACCGUGUUGCUGUGUAUUGCAAGUGUGAGAUGCCUUAUAACCCCGACGAUCUUAUGGUGCAGUGUGAGGGAUGCAAGGACUGGUUUCAUCCUUCUUGUAUGGGUAUGACAAUUGAAGAGGCAAAGAAAUUGGAUCACUUUCUAUGUUCUGACUGCUUGUCUGAUGAGGAUGCUAAAAGACCGCUGAACUCGUUUCCAGUGUCUCCAUCUGUUGAGACUAAGGUGAGAAUAAUGUUUUUUUUUGUGUUUAAUAUUAAUGGAUGUGCAUGUGCCAUUUUUUGUAGCAGUUAUUAUUAUUAUUAUUAUUAUUAUUAUCUGCAAUUGGUUAACCAAUCUUGUUGGGUAAGUAAUCGAGUAAAAAAUUACUUUUGCAUGAGAGAGAUCUUUAUGCUUUAAAUGUGGCAAAAUGUUAUGCAAUGUAAAAUGGCAUACUAUUGUUGAAUGAUUUUGUAAUUUGAUUUUUCCUUAGCAAAUUUGCUAUUUGCAUCAAGACAUCAUAGUAAUGAACACUUGAAUGCAAUUACAAAUAAGGGAGUAUGCGAUCACCACUGACAAUGACACAACAAACAAGCUUUGGGACCCUCCAUGUGAGGUUCACUUUUCAUUUCUUUUUGCCAUGCCCUUAAGAGUGUUGGAUUGCUGUCAAAUCUUUUUGUACUAUCUUAGUCCAAGUUAUUCUAGGUUCACAUCUUCCCCUUUCUUACAAUCUAUAACAUUAAAUAACCACGGUUUUUUUCCCUUCAUAAGAGUGUUAUUUGGUCUAUGUUGUAAAUAGCUAAAUCAUUUUAGCACUCUUCCCUUUUCUUCUGUACUUUUCUUUCUUGUUGAAAUAAAAUUAUGGAUGAUUAGUAUUUUCACUUCAUUCCAGUUAUCUAAUUUUUAAAUUUUCGAACGAAACCUGGUGUCAUAGAAUUAUCCACAAACAAUCCUUCAUCACACUCUUUGUUUCAUUUUUUAUUUUCAGUUUUUCAAAAAAUUACUAAAAUGUCACCCUAUUUUCUAGUUUUGCAAUAUUUUUGCAUAGGCAAGUUGCAAACUAUUUAAAAAAAAAAAAUUGUUUUCCAAGUUCUCUAUAAGUAUUUGAAAACUGAAAAAUAUGGUAGCAUUUUUAUAUUUCUUUAGAAAACUGGAAACAUGAUUUAUGUAGCUGACCCCACCUAGUGGGACUUCAGGCUUGGCUUGUUGUUUUUGUUGUUGUUCAGAGAACUGGAAGUGGAAAAUGAAGACUAUUUUUCAUAAAUCACAACUGAACAGGCCCUUCAGCCUUCCAAUCGUCUUUUAUUUUAUUUUUUUUGGGUCCAAGGGUACCAUCUGGGGGUGGGAGUGGAGGUGUACUUGAGUCACUAUGCUCCCACCUUGGCAAUAUUUUGUCUUCCUUCUCAUGGAUAAUUGCAUUAUCUGGACAUAUUUGUGAUAUGUUAGAGAAAAAUAAUCCUUGGCUAUGUUGUCUUUAUAGGAAUGCUGAUGUUGUGAAUGGUGGGGAUGUUACUCAUUGUCUCCUAUUCGCCGAAGCUCAACAAUUGCAUAAAUAUCGUCUAAAUCACAGGAUUUUUCUUCGUGAUUGAAUCAAAGCUAAAAUUCAGUAGAUUUUGUACCUGAUAUGGUAGUCUUUAGUUUAUGGAUUUAAGGGCAAGUUAUGUGUUGAAGGAAUGUACAUUUUUAUGAUAUAUUUGUUGAUAAUAUGCUGCAAGGUAUUUUAUUAAAAUACAUUAAAAGGAACAGGUUCAUGAAAUUUCAACCUAGGAAAGUGCUAGACAAAGAAUAGAUCCAGAAAUAUAACAAUAGUGACAAAGAUUGCAGAAGUAAACUUUCAACUAUUUCGUUUCUAUUUCAGAAUAUUUGGGCAUAAGUUGAUUGAUUGAGCUUCUUAUUGUGAUGCAAAAUCUAUCUCCAGAGUGGACACUGUUUUUGCUGUUCUUGUAUGUGUAGACUCUUAUGAAAAAUAAGUGGGGUGUAUCUUCUGUACCUUUUGUACAGGAGAGCAGAGGAGGGUAUGGUUCUUACCAUGCUAAUUCUUCUGUUGCUUUGACUGCUUCCCAGUGUCUUUGUACCUUUAUUUUUUAAUAAGGACUGCUUUUCCCACCUUUUACAGUUUUAUAGAAGGCGUAGAUUUAAGAAAUUAGGAUUUUAUAUUGGUUUACGGAUAUUUGUUUAUUUCAGUAAUCUUAAUUAGACCCAUCGUGGUACACCUCUUCCCCGGACCCCGCAUACACAGGAACUUUGUGGACUGGCCUGCCUUUUUUUUUUUUUUUAAUUACUUGGAUUAUUUUGUAAUUUUGAUUGUUUGUUGCUAUUGUAAUUUUUCUGGUAGUUUUUUCUUUUGGCUUUCUUAGUUGUCUAUUGAUAUAUGCUUAUGAUGUAAAGUUAAGGAAAUUUGGAUGAUUAAUUGAGUCUUAUGUUUUUUUUUUUCUCUCACAGCAGCCUCUCUCUCCCUAUCUCAUGUCUAUUUUCUCUCUCUCCCUCCUCACAUCUUUUUCUUCCUCCCCCCUUUUUUUUUUCUCCUUUCUGCUUCUUCCCUUCUCUAUCUGUUUCUCUCUCUCUCUCUCUCUCUCUGUUCUGUUCUAUUUCUGACUCUGUUUUGUCCUGCAGCUGUUUCUCUCUUCUUAGCCCUUUUCUUUCUUUUCCUUCUCUUCUCUUUCUUUUUCUGUCUGUUGCUGCUGUACCUCAUUUUCUCACAUUAAAUUUUGCAUCUAGAUGCUGCUGAGAAUAUUAUCUCAUAUCUGCCGCAUUGAAUAUAUGCCAAGUUGGAAAGCCUUGCAUUUUUUUUGCUUCAUGUAAGCUGUUAAUUUUCCUCAUGUGAACGAUAUCACGUAAGUGUAUGAAGCCUCUAGAACCCUGCCAAUGUUAGACCUCUUCUGUUGUUUGCUAUGUUUUUGUAGACAAAUUUAUGCUAUGUUGAUGCAUCGAUGUUUCUUCCAAAUUGAGUUUUCCUGUUAUGUUCCAGUUCCCACUUUCUAGAACUAAUGCAAGUUUCGCUUUAUAGGUUCUAGGAAAUAUAGUUACAUUCUCCUGAAUUUGAGUUGGAGUUCAAAGUUUGAACAAUAUUUACAAUGUAAGAUGUCAUUGUUUGCCUAUGACAUUAGGUCUGUUUGAGCAAUUGAACUGCUGUAUGUGGUCCUUUGCCUCCUAGACCCAUUAGUUUCUAGUCUCUGGAGUCUGGAGUCAAGAAGUUGUAGCUUUGUUUAUUGGAUCCCAAUGUAUGGUCAUUUGACUGCAUAUAUGUACUCUCACUUAGAUUUCUCCAUUAUUUGUUCUGGUAUUUGUUGAUGAACAUCCUACAUCUGUUGUCAACGAGUGAAAUUUCAAUUGAUACAAGAAAUGUUAGCAUUUUUGAAAGUUCUUACAAACAAGUAUGCGACCACAUGGAACUUAAGGAUUGGAUUGGCAUUUUUUCUAUCAAGCACCUUUCACUCUCCCUUCAGUGUUCUUUUCCAAUGACAGCUUUUACUAAGAAAAAGAAUAUUAAGCACCAUGUUUUUGUACCUUUAUUCUUUCUUUUCUUUGUUAAGAAUUCUGAUCUGAAUCUGAAUAAAACAAUGACAAAGGGCACAGAUAAAAAGCUCAAUUGGCAGAUGUGAAAUAUUUGUUGUCAACUAUUCUUACGUCCUUGGGUUUCUGGUUAAAGACACUUUAUCAUGCCACCUGUUUAGUUGAAUUCUUCUAGGGGCUCUUUGGGACACCAGACAAUGCAACCACUAAUAUGAACUUACAAAAUGCUUGUGAAGUGUUGUGUAUCCCUUUUUUGGUGGAAAUGAUGGUACUGCUGAAGCAGUGUCUUUAAAUAAGUUGGUGUUUCUGAAACACAAACUUCUUCUGUUGAAAGUCUUUAAGAUGCCAUCUAAAGCAUCAUUGAAGCUCCCAAAUGCUCCUCACCAGGAAAAUAUGUUUUAUACCUAGCAAAGAAUUUAGUUUUGAGCUGAUAAUGUUGAUCACUUAUUGCCCAUGAAACUUGUACUGAUUGUGAUCUAAUUUCUUUCUUUUAUUCCUUGGUCUCAAACUUUGAUUGCCAUGCUAGGUGGAACCAAAGCGCCGGAAGAGAUGACGAAGUCUUAUUGUAAGAUGAGGAGGUACUCAAUUUCUUGCACAUUAGCUCCAGUGUUGUUGUUGUGUUGUGGAAUUGUACAGUGCAGAGAAGAUACUGUGCUUGCACAAUUAAAGGCUUUUCUUAAUUUUCUAUGUUCAACUCUAUCAAAGUGCUUGUAUGUGUGCUGCUAGACUUAGAUGACUUUGUGGUCUUUAUGUUGUCCUUGUGAGUACAAUCUGUGCAAAAACACAAGGACAAUGAUCUCUGUUUUAGUGCAGCACCCACCAACACAUCAAACUAAAACAGUUGGAGAAAUCUUGGAACUGAUGUGAUGUGCUUAUUGCUAUGUUGUUACCUCAGUAUGCAUGUGCCAUAAUUGUUUUACUUUAUUAACCCCUCCCCCUUAUUUUCAUUUGGGGUGUUUGUUGCGGGUUAUGGAGGGCUCCAAGUUUGAAUAUGUGGCAUCUGAUGGGACAUGUAUAAAUGAGAGCUGCAUUUGUAGAUCAAAUCUAGAGAAGCUCGGCAUUCUUACCCCUGCUGUUGCUAGUUUCAUGUUCCUUCGAAGGGCUUGGAAGUUGAAGAUGCCACCGAGCUUAAUGGCAAAGUCGGUUGGUGUCUGUCAAUACCUGGAUCCAAAACUUUUGUAAAUGAUGCUUGAGCACAAGGAAAAAGGCUCUUAAUUAUAGAGCAUGUUUAAACUUGUUAAACUUUUGAUUGUUUCUCAAAUACCUCUGCUCACUGGGUUCAUAACCCAACAGUGGCCUGAAACCACCAGUUGCAUACUCUUCUUUACUGUCUCCUCUACAAAUAAUUAAAUUCUUCUUGGUUUGAUACUUU